GAACCAAAUGCUGCCUUCCGGAUAAUAUACACUUCCUACGGAUACAGCAAGUCCUAUCUCUCUUCCAAAAUCAGCGGGACCCAAAAAUCAAAACCUGAUAAAAAUGAAAGAAACCUGAUUUAGGGCCCUGAUUUUGGUGCCACUGUCCUCCUUCUCUCAACCUCACCCAUUCCCUAAACUUUUUGUGGGACCCGAAUACACAUACUCUCUCUAACAGUAAUUUUCUACGUUCUCUCUCUUAAAAAAAAAUUUCCUUUUUUUAAUUUCUCUGUAGAAUUCGAUCUUCUACUACGUAAUCCGAUGGUUCAAUGCCGAUAUGGUUACUGUGUUGAAAUAUUGGUGGUUAUUUAAUAUUUUCAAGUUCUUGACAUUUCAAGAUGCUGCUUUGGAGAUAAUUACUGGACACACUGAAACAAGCUGUUCAGAACAAAAUCAUUAAGAUUGAUGACUUGAUUUAGUUUGGUUUUGAAUAAAUGGCUGGAAAUGUGAGAUUUGAAUCCAAUUCAGUUAGUACUGAGGAAUUAGGUUUUACUGGGAGCUAUCCAAAUGGGCAGAGGGGGAACUAUACCAGUGCGACUCUGGAUAGGUCUAGCAGCUUCCGGGAAGGCAGUGAGAACCGUGUCCUUGUUUCUGGAGCUAGUGUGUUUCGGGGUAGUGUUUCAUCUGAGGUGUCCUCACUUACUCAUGAUCUGUUGCUGGAUCCUAUUACAAUGGGGGAUCAAAAAUAUAGGCCAGGCGAGUUAAGGAGGGUUCUAGGAACAUCUCUUGGGAACACAACGGAAGAUAAUUCUUUUGGAGGUUCUCACUCAAAGCCUCCUCCUUCAGUGGCUACAGAGGAACUGAAGCGCUUCAAGUCAAGUGUAUUAGAUGCCAGUUUGAAGGCCAGGGUUCGAAUAAAAAGGUUGAGUGAAUCCUUAUUAAAAUUGAACAAGUACUCUGAAGCAUUGAGUUUUAAAAAGCAACAUCGAAAUGAGAUAUUGAUGAGUGAAAGAUCAGGUGGGUCGAACUUUAUGAAGAUGGGAAUUCAGAUUCAUCGAAAUGCUUCUGAUCUUGGAACUCAUGACCGUGCUAAGAAUAUAGUUUUGAAUAAGCGGGUUCGCACUUCAGUAGCAGAAUUACGGGCUGAUGUUCGGAGCAAUACCCUUCCAAGGCAGCCAUUAGUUAUGGGGAAAGAUAGAGAUACACUCAGGGAUGGCGGUGAAGGUUCGAAUCAUCUACCAGAAGAAAAGGUUCGGAGAAUGCCUCCAGGAGGGGAAGGGUGGGACAGAAAGAUGAAAAGGAAGCGUUCUGUUGGCUCUGUUUUUGCCAGAUCCACUGAUAGUGAUGGAGACGUUAAACGAAACAUGCAUCAUAAGUUUAACAAUGAACCCGGUUUGCAGUCAUAUGAUGUCCAGAGCUUCAGCACAGGAUCUUUUGGUGGUACUAGUGGCACUAAUAAAUUAGAUGGAAGUUUGUCAUCAGCCAGUUCAAAUCUACGGUCCAUUUCCAAGAAUGAACAUGAAAAAGUUUCUUUGACAAGGGAUUUUGCAGACAGCGUUAAUAAGGAGCGACUUAUAGCAAAAACAAAUAAUAAGUUAAAUAUUCUUGAAGACAAUCAUAUAGUUGGUCCAAGUCCAGUGAUGAAGGGAAAAGCUUCCAGAGCACAUCGAACUGGCUCUGUAAUGGCAGCAACCUCAUCUAAUUUUUCUCGCACGUCUGGAACUCCUGAUGGAUGGGAACAGACUUCUAUCAUAAGUAAAGUCAACUCAAUCAGUGGGCCUAAUAAUCGGAAGCGCACGAUGACUGCUGGAUCAUCUUCACCUCCAAUGGCUCAAUGGGUUGGUCAAAGACCGCAGAAAAUUUCUCGUACUAGAAGAGCAAAUGUUGUGUCUCCUGUCUCAAAUCAUGAUGAAUUGCAAUCAGAAGGUGGACAUAAUUCUGAUUUCGCCACUCGAUUAAUUUCUUCAGGGAGUAAUGGGUCACCUCUGGCCAAGGAUGUGACUAUAGGAAAUCAGCUAGUUCGAGUGAAACAUGAAAGUGUUUCAUCUCCAGCCAGAUUAUCUGAAAGUGAAGAAUCUGGUGCUGGUGGAAGUCACGAGGGUAGACCAAAGGAGAAGGGAACAGGUGGUGGUGGAGUUGAGGAAAGAUCCCAAAACCAAAGUGCUGGUCCUUCUGCAGUGCUUAUGAAGAAGAAUAAGAUACUUAAUAAGGAAGACAUCAGUGAUGGCUUGCGAAGACAAGGAAGGACUGGUAGAGGUGCAUCAUCUUCUAGGACUAGCAUUUCACCAAUGAGAGAGAAGUUGGAGACUCUAGCAUCGGCGAAACCAGUUAGAAGUGCGAAGCCUGUAUCAGAUAAGAUUGGAAGUAAGUCAGGCCGUCCCCCUCUUAAAAAAAUAUCAGAUCGCAAGACCUUUGCUCGUGGGCAAACAACCAGUGCUUCCCCAGUUCUCACAGGUGAGUCCGAUGAUGAUCAAGAGGAACUUUUGGAAGCUGCAAAUUUCGCUUGCAAUGCUAGCUAUUUUUCCUGUUCCAGUUCAUUUUGGAAGAAAAUAGAACCAGUUUUUGCUGCUGUCUGCUUAGAGGAUAUAUCCUACUUGAAGCACCAGGGUAAUCUGAAUAUAGAAGAUUUUCACUCUCAACUUAUUUCUGAAGAAAGCGAAAAAAGCUUCCAGGACCACAUUUGGCCAAAGGGACUGACAACUGUAAAUUUGGCAGAUCAAGGUCUGGACAAUGGUGCAUCAUUUGGAAACUUGGAAAGAAGAAAUCAAAUUACUCCACUGUACCAAAGAGUAUUGUCUGCACUGAUUGUGGAAGAUGAAUCUGAAGAAUUUGAAGAUAAUUGUGAAGGGAUAAAUAUCCUUUCUCAAAAUAAUAGAGAUAGGUCACCUGGUGCUAGUUCUCUACCUAUUGAUUUUGAGCCUAGGAACAAGGAUGUGAUUGAUUUUGAUUAUGACUCCAUUUUGGGUUUUCAAACUCGGAAGCAAUCUCUGGUUGAUGUUUUUUCUUGCAAUGGAAAUGCUGCUAUUAAUAGCGCUCCUGGUUCUCACAAUCAAUUGUACAAUGAUAAUUUUUUUCAAGGAGGUCAGGAAUUUGUCAACUCGAAGAUUGGAAUGUUCACUGGGCAUUCAGGAAAUAAUGAUGGGAAGCUAGUACAAGUGAAUGCUUUUGGUGUAUCUGCCUUGGAUUGUCAAUAUGAGCAGACAUGUUUGGAGGAGAAACUCUUGGUGGAACUUCAGAGUAUUGGCCUGUAUCCAGAAUCAGUGCCUGAUCUAGCAGAUGGGGAGGAUGAAGCAAUAAAUCAAGAUAUCAUUGAACUACAGAAGGGACUUCAUCUGCAGAUUGGUAAAAAGAAGACACACUUGGACAAAAUGAUUGAAGCAGUGGAGAAAGUCAAGGAAGCGGAAAAAGGGGCCCUUGAGCAGUUUGCAAUGAACAGGCUGGUUGAGUUGGCAUACAAAAAGUUGCUGGCUACUAGAGGAAGUUUUGCUUCAAAGUAUGGUGUCCCUAAGGUUUCAAAACAAGUUGCCCUGGCUUUUAUGAAGAGGACUCUUGCUAGAUGCAGAAAAUUUGAAGAUACAGGGAAAAGUUGCUUUGGUGAGCCUGCUCUCCGAGAUGUCAUUUAUGCUGCACCUCUUCAUAGAAACCAGACAGAAUCAACUAGUUGCAUUGGCUCAGCAGUAAAAUCAGAUAUGCACCACAGAAUUCCUGACUCUCAAAACGACCCUGGUUCCUCAGGCUUGUCCCCCUACGGAGCAGUACAGCACAAUCUCCAAAAUGAUAAAUCUGGCAGAGGUGCAACUCAUAAUUACCCACAUGAACGUGAAUUUGCCAAAACUGGACCAUUAUUGAAUAGAGGGAAGAAAAAGGAGCUGCUGCUUGAUGAUGUUGGUGGUAAUGCUUCCUUCAGAGGCACCCCAUCUCUUGGUAAUUCACUGCAGGCUGGAACCAAGGGAAAGAGAAGUGAGAGAGAAAGGGACAAGGAUGCACUAGCCAAAAAUCUCGUUACUAAAGCGGGCCGGGCAUUGCAGCCUGGUGUGAAGGGUGAUCGGAAAACGAAAUCAAAGCCUAAGCAGAGAACUGCUCAGCUAUCAACUUCAGGAGAUGGAAUUAGUAACAAGUAUAAAGAAACAAGCAACAACAGAAAAAGAGAAGGGAGCCUGAAUUCCUAUGGUUAUAACAAUGCUCAAGAUUUAUCUAAAGAAAGCAGGGGAACAGAAGUUGCAGACUUGCAGGAUUUAUCUUUAGAGCUGGGCAUAGGCAAUGAUAUUGGGAGCCAUCAAGAUUUGAGUAAUUUGUUUAACUUUGAUGAAGAUGGACUGCCGGAAAAUGACUUGAUGGGCCUUGAUUUACCGAUGGACGGCCUUGAAAUCCCUAUGGAUGACCUUUCAGAGUUGAAUAUGCUUCUUUGAAGGGAGAAGAGUGUAAAUUCCAUGGAUUAGUAUGUAUGAGAUUUAUGUGCUGCUGCUUGGGACCAACCUGCUUACAUAUAAUUUAUGCCCCUUGCAAAUAUGCACUUGUAAUUAUAGGUCAUUCUUUUGCUAUACUUCUCUGUACAAGUUAUAGAGAGAGAAGUAAAGAAAAUUUUGUUUCUGAUGUAGACAGUCUCUGUUUGUAACAUAUUACAUUUUACUUUUAUAGAGCCUUUUUAUUUUUAUUUUCAUUUUUA